AUGCUCACAUGGCUUCCUAUAUCGGAAGAAAAACAACGGCACCACCUUCCGAUAGUCACUUGGGGUGUCUCACGUCCGGUGGCUGGAACGGUCUCUCUCUCUCUCUCUCUCUCUCUCUCUCUCUCUCUCUCUCUCUCUCUCCUUCUCUCUCUCUCUCUCUCUCUCUCUCUUUCGCUCUUUCGCUCGCUCGCUCGAUUCUCCUCAAUUCCUGUCUUUUUCUUCCUUACCUCGGAUCCUCAAUCUGUUUCCUUUGCCCGUUUUCCUUCUCAUCUCCCUGACAUUUUAGCAAACUCCUUUAUUACUCCCUUUCCACAUUUCUUUCCUUCUCCCCUUUCAUACCUCAUGCGCAUUUCUCACUCACUCCACUUCAGCUCUUCUUUUCUCCUUUCACCCAGCCUCCUUUCACCGCCUCCUACUCCUCUAUCUACACUCUCUUCUUUCAGAGCCACAGACGUUCACCUGUUUCCUACUGUCUAUCUGCAACCUUCUCAAAAACUUGCUAGGCUUCGUUUUCUUUGCCUUUAA